CCUGAACAUCCUUAAGUCCAAGCUUUUGCAAGGGUUUUGGGGCCCUGCCGUGUUCGCUUGUUUCCCUUUUAGACCCGCCCCUGCACCAUGUUUUGAUACCAUCGUCCCUGAACUCCAGCUGCACGCCGAUUUACUCUUCAACAUGAGUGUGGUGCAAAGAGCUCACUAUUCCCCGCCAUGGCAAAAUACCAGCAUCAUCGGCGUGGCUGGUAGCUCCGGCUCUGGCAAGACCACCCUUUCCUUGGCUAUCAUAGCUGCCCUUAACCUGCCAUGGGUGGUGAUCCUGUCCAUGGACUCGUUCUACAAGCCAUUGACGCCGGAGCAAUCUGAAAAGGCCUACAAGAACGAAUACGAUUUUGACUCGCCAGAGGCGAUCGACUUUGACGUUCUUGUAGAUAGGCUUCGCGACAUCAAGGAGGGAAAGAAAGCCGAUAUUCCAGUGUACUCUUUCCAAAAGCACCAGCGGCUUGACAAGACUACGACAGUCUACUCUCCGCAUGUGCUUAUCUUGGAAGGUAUCUUUGCCUUGCAUGACCCGCGUGUCCUGGAUCUGCUCGACUUGAAGAUCUUUGCCGAUGCCGAUGGUGAUCUUUGCUUGUCAAGGAGACUCGUUCGCGAUGUGAAGAGUCGAGGAAGAGAUAUUGAAGGCUGUAUUAAGCAAUGGUUUUCAUUUGUCAAGCCAAACUUCCACCGAUAUGUAGCUCCUCAGCGCGAGGUUGCAGACAUCAUCAUCCCCCGCGGUGUGGAGAAUAAAGUUGCUAUAUCGAUGAUUACCGAUCGCAUCCAGAAGAUUUUGACAACGAAGUCAAAGUUGCACCAAGUCGAGCUCAAGAGACUCGGCAAGCUUGCUGAGGAAACUCCUUUGUCUUCUAACGUCAUAGUGCUUCAGCAGACAAGGCAGAUUGUCGGAGUCAACACCUUGCUCUUCGACCCUCAACUUCCGCGGGAAGAAUUUGUCUUCUACUUCGACCGGAUCGCAUCGCUGUUGAUUGAGCAAUCGAUACAGUGCAUGCAUUUCGAGACCGCAGAAGUCACCACCCCGCACAACAACCCUUACCUCGGCCUGAAGCGUGUUGGUGAAAUAAGCGCCGUCGUCAUUCUCCGCGGCGGCAGCGCUCUCGAAACCGGCCUUAGGAGGGUCAUCCCCGACUGUCGUACGGGGCGUAUCCUCAUCCAGACAAACUACCGCACCGGUGAGCCUGAACUGCACUACCGCGCGCUGCCGAAGAACAUCCAGGACCAUGAGCGCAUCUUGCUUUUGGAUCCGCAAAUGUCGAGCGGCGGUGCAGCCCUGAUGGCUGUGAGGAUUCUAGUAGACCAUGGCGUGCCUGAGGAGAAGAUUGUGUUCGUCACGUACAUGGCUGGCAGGGUCGGUGUGGGCCGCCUCAUGCAGGUAUACCCUGAGAUGAGAGUGGUAGUAGGAAGACUGACAGAUGAUUAUGAAGAUCGGUGGGUGGAGAAGAGGUAUCUGGGCUGUUGAUAGUACUUGGCUGUUGUCUACUGCGUUGUGUAUGAGAAGGUACAUUGUGAGGCAUCAUAAAACUUGCCCGUAUAUACAGAAGAGAGAAGCAAAUAACAUC